AAUUGCCUCUAGGCAAUAAUAGCCACUCAGUAGUUUUUGUAUCUACAUAAAAACUUGAGAGCAGUUUUAGCGUUAGUUAAUGAUUGACAGUGUUGGUGAGCGUUAACAAAAAUGGCGGAGUGGGACGCUAAUAAUAAAACCUUUUUGAUUACUGGUGGAGCUUCAGGCUUGGGCGCGCUGUAUGCUGAAGCAUUCCUCAAGGAAGGUGCAAAGAAUGUAGCAAUCCUCGACAUUGCCGAGAGCCUAGGCAAAGCCAAAGCUGAAAAUUUGAAUAAGACCUACGGCAAUAAAGUAAUAUUCGUGAAAUGUGACGUGAGCAAGGAGGAGGACAUCGUGAGUGCGUGGGACUCCGUGCUGGCUCAGUUCAAGCAGAUUGACGUCAUCGUCAACAAUGCUGGCAUCAUGGUGGAUGCUCCUAGCGUGUGGAGAACUGCUUCCGAUGUUAAUUGGCAAGGAUUAGUCUCCUUCACAUUGAAAGGCAUCAAGCACAUGAAGAAGGAUGAGGGUGGGGCUGGUGGAACCAUCAUGAACAUUGCUUCAACAGUGGCAUUCAUGAAACUGGGGGCAUUUCCCAUCUACAGUGGCUCCAAAAUGGCUGUAUUGCACUUCAGUCAAUGUAUAGCGAUGCCACCAUUCUUCGAGAUCACUGGAGUAAGAGUUGUAACCUUAUGCCUCGGUCCUACUGACACUGCAUUGCUGGAGAACUUGGGACCGAAGGCGUAUGACCCUAAGGUCGGUCAAUUAAUGAUGGAUGUCAUUGAGAGUCAGAAACACAAAGUUGUGUAUCAAAAACCAGAAUCAGCAGUUAAAGUCCUAGUGGAGAUGUACAAAACUGGCCCUCCGGCGUCAAUGUGGCUGUCCUUGGAUAACAAACCUGGUCAGAAUAUUACUCCAACCAUUGAUCGAGCAUUCAAGGAUUUUGAGAAUCUCCUUAAACCAUAGUAUCUAGUGUCUGUACCUAUGAGGCUUAAAUGAUUUAUUUCAUUAGAUUAUGUACUAAAUAAAUUCAUUUUUAUAGAAAUUCAA